AUGGGCGAAUUCAAAUUAUCUGCCUCGCUAGAGGGUCAUGAGGACGACGUUCGCGACGUUGCUUUCCCCCAUCCCAAGUUCAUCCUCUCAGCUUCCAGAGACGCAACCGUCCGGUCAUGGAACUUGUUGGCCCCCAAACCGCCAAGCUAUGACUGCACCUUGAUCUCACACGGCUCUGCCUUCGUCAAUUCGCUCACCUACGUUCCGCCUUCACCCGCAUACCCCCAAGGCCUGGUCGUAUCCGGCGGCAAAGACACCAUCAUCGAAGUGCGGCAGCCCGGAAAAGCACCGCAGGACAAUGCGGACGCGCUACUACUGGGACACUCCUCGAAUGUCUGUUCACUGGACGUCAGUGAGGAUGGGCGGAUUAUCGUCAGUGGAAGCUGGGACCAGGAAGCUCGGGUUUGGCAAGUGGGGAACUGGGAAGCAGCGGUAACAGUACUCCAAGGACACGAGGCGAGUGUAUGGGCGGUGCUGGCCUACGAUAGGGAGACCAUCAUCACAGGCUGCGCCGACAAGCUCAUACGCGUGUUUGACCCAUCGGGCAAGCUGCUGCGUUCUAUUAGAGGGAGUUCGGAUGUUGUUCGAGCCUUGUGCAGGCUUCCUCCCAAGCAUUCGUCCGGGGGGCAAUUCGCAUCAGCAGGGAAUGACGCGGUAAUCCGAUGUUGGACGUUGGAAGGAAGACAGACCGCAGAGCUGCAUGGCCACGAGAACUACAUCUACUCGCUAGCAGUGUCGCCAAGCGGCGAGCUAGUGAGCUCUUCAGAAGAUCGGACAGCUCGAAUCUGGAAAAACAAUCAAUGCAUACAAACGAUUACUCACCCAGCGAUAUCAGUGUGGUCCGUAGCAGUCUGUCCAGAGAAUGGAGACAUUGUCACGGGAGCCAGCGACCGGGUUGUACGAGUAUUCAGCAGAUCAGAGGAUCGACAAGCGAAUAUCGACACAAUCAAGGCUUUUGAAGACUCGGUCAAGUCCUCUUCAAUACCCCAGCAGCAGGUUGGUAACAUCAACAAGGAGCAACUACCCGGCCCGGAGUUCAUCCAACAGAAAUCAGGGACAAAGGAAGGCCAAGUGCAGAUGAUCCGAGAAGACAACGGCAACGUUUCUGCGUAUCAGUGGUCGACGGCUGCCAAUCAGUGGAUCAAUGUUGGCACCGUCGUUGAUGCUGCUGGCAGUAGCGGGCGAAAGAUAUCGUACAAGGGUCAGGACUACGAUUAUGUGUUUGAUGUUGACAUAGAGGACGGCAAGCCGCCGCUCAAGCUCCCGUACAAUCUUUCACAGAACCCAUACGAGACCGCGAACAAGUUCAUCGCUGACAAUGAGCUCCCAAUCUCUUACCUGGACCAGGUGGCAAAUUUCAUUGUCACCAACACCCAAGGGGCCUCUCUCGGCCCAGGAGCUGGAAGCCAGACGCAAGCUCCUGGCUCAGACCCGUGGGGCUCAGAGUCGCGUUACAGACCGGGUGAGGUGGACUCGGCAGCGCCUCAAAAUAUGCCGGCUGAGUCCAGACCAAAACUACUCCCCCAAACUCAAUACCUCUCGAUAACAACCGCCAACCUAAAAACGAUCCAGAAGAAAGUUCAGGAGCUAAAUCAGCAUCUUAUCGAUCAAGGAUCAAAAGACCUAUCACUCAACCCUUCGGAUCUCCAGAUUUUGUCAGCAAUGACCAAGCAGCUGGAACAAGCCUCCGCAAAGCCCGAAGCUACCGCCCCCGCACUGAACGAGGGCAUAGAUCUCGCGCUCAAGCUCGCGACCGCCUGGCCGCAAGACAAGCGCCUCCCCGGCCUCGACCUCCUCCGCCUCCUCGCAGCCGCAUCUCCUAAUCUGGCGGCUCACACCAGCUCCUCCGACCAAACCAUCGUGGAUCAGCUAGCAGUAUCCGGCGUCUUCUCGCCAGACGCACCCCCAAAUAACACAAUGAUGGCGAUCCGGACCUUUGUGAACCUCUUCAACACCGAAGAAGGCCGCUUCAUCGCCGACGGCGAGUUCGACAAGAUCCACGAGCUCGUCCAGCCCUUCGUCGGCUCGAGCAAUCGCAACCUGGUCGUGGCGAUCGCGACGCUGUAUAUCAACUUCGGCGUCAUGCUUGCUGCGCCGGCGCAUAAUGCGGACCGGGCGCUUACGCUGCUGGAUGAUUUGACGAAAGUCGUCAACAGCGCCACGGACUCUGAGGCCCUGUAUCGGGCGUUGGUUGGGGCGGGCACGCUGCUGUGUUUGGGGGAGGACUUCAGGACUGCGGCGAAGGAGGUGUUUGAUUUUGAUAGGGCGCUGCAGAGGGCGGAGAACGUGGGGAAGGAGCCGAGGAUCAAGAACGUGAUCAGGGAGAUGAGGGAUGAGUUGGCUUGA